GAGAUGUAGCCAUAGAUGACAUAUCCAUGAGUCCGAAAUGUUUUGGCCUAGGUAAGAAUAACAAAAUUGAUUUUGAUCGUUUAAUGUUGAUAUAAAAUUUAAAUUAGUCUUACAUUAUUACCUACAUUAAAUUAUUACAGAAUGUAACCGAAAAUACUAGAUAACUGAGGAAAUGUUUCCUACAACGAACACACACGUGUUACUAAUAUCUCUGUUAUUAUUAAAUUUGUUUAAAUUUUUUUUUAGCUUUGGAGUAAGGGAUCGAUUGAUUUUACUAUGAUGUUUGAUUUUUUUUUUUUAAAUUUUUUCUGUCCUUAAAUAACUUUUUAAACAGAAACCUCUUUUAAACAAAAAAAUGACAAAGAUCUUUUUUGUUACAUUUAUAAUUUAGUUUGUGAGAAAGUUAGUCGCUUAUUGAUUUUUCCAGCCUGUUUCAAAAUAAUUGUGAAAAACCAGAAAAAGACGUAAAAUGAAGACUAACACAAAUUUAUGGUGUUUAAAUUUCAUUAUUUUAAAUUUUUAUGCUUUAUAAUUUGUAUAAAAAUCCAAUAGAAAUACAAAAGUUUAGUUUUUUUUGUUGGAUUUUAAUCUAGUCAAAAGUAAGUAAGAAACUUUUAGUUUUUCAGUGUAGUUUUCUUAAUAAUUGAGCAAAAUUGUAAAAAAAAACAUAAAAGAAAUGGAAAGUUCAAGGAACUAAUGGUUUCAUUAUUUUUAGUUAUUUGUUUUUUUAUAAUUAAGUCAAAAUUAUAUGUAGAUGCUACCUUGAAAUAUUGAGAAAAAAUUUUAUCUAGUCUAAGUCUUUUCUAGGUAAAAUAUUCAAAACAUUUUAUCAAUUUUUAUGUUCAUGUUUAUUUAUUAGGUUCUAUGUAGAUAUAAUUAUUUAACUAAACAGAAAUCCAUUUUUUCAAAUCCAGAAUAUUCAUUAAAUUUGUACUUAAAGGGAAAAGGAAAGGAGAGUAUGAUGUAGUACUUUUAUAUUUAUAAUGGGUUUAAGAUACAAUUUUAAUUAAAUUCGUACAUAUUACGGCCUUUCAAAACAUGUAUAACCGAACUUUACUUAGAAUUUUUAUUCUACUACUACUACUUACGCUUAACUUUCUUUUUUUUUUGCCACUAAGUACAACUAAUAAUGGACCUUAUGUUUAAUUUUUAAGCGUUUAUUUAUGGUCAAAUAAUUGUUCUCUCCAUAAUACUUACUAAAUACACUCAAAAAAAUUAAAAAUGUCAAAUGCCUCUAAUUAUAACAAAAACCAUUAGAAUAUAUUGACAAUUUUAUCACGUCUAGAAAAUGAUAUGAUAAGUAUUAUUUUCAAAUGUUUAGAUCUCUACGAAUAUUUAACCAAACUAUAUUUAAAAAAAAAAAAACAACAAAACAAAUAAAUAGUAGAAGUAAUGAAACCGUUCUCGGUUGCGUGUUUUUCCUGUGAUUUUUCCCUAUUAUUUUAGAAAACUACAUGAAAACUCAAAACACGACCUUCCAAUUAAUAAUCAUUAAUUAAAUACUACUUUUUCUAAAAUCAAAACAUUUCUUUCUCACACACUAACUUACAAAAUUUUGUUUUAGAAAAUAUAUCAUGUUUGAAAUUUAUUUAAACUAAGAUUUCUAGUCAAAAACAAAAAUCGUAAAAAUGUAAAAUAUGAUAUCGUUAACUCUGUUGUUUGGUUUUUAAUAAUUAUUAUGAAAAUAAGAAAAUAAAAAAAUAACCUUCUUCAUGACCAUAACUAAAUCUAAGAUGCAACAAAAAAUGUCCCUUGUCAUGUUUUGAUUAAUGAAAGAUUCAUAGUAGACAAAUAAUUAUUUACAGACAGAAAAAUGAAAAAAUCCAAAAGCAUUCAUCAUAGUAAAACCCAUAAAUUUCUCGUUACUCAUAAAGUUUUAAAUUUUAAUGUUACGUGCAUACACAAUAUAAUUCAUACCCGAAUAUUUAUUUUAUAUACUCAUCUAUCGUGAUUAUAUUAUAUAGUGCUGCGGUUGUGAUUCAUUAUCACAUAACGUAGUGGUAACCUAUUGAAUAGGUACUAUUUUUUUUCGUACCCAGAGAAAUUAAACCCGGUAUUUAAUUAAGUUUACUGGUGAUUUAAAAAUAAAAAGAUUUUAAAUAAACAUUGUAAAAUGUAUAAAUUGUCUCCCUCGCGAUGCCAGAAAAAAAAUUAAAAACUGCAAUAAUUUUGAUAUUAUAGUAUAACCGCACACGUGUUGAACGGUACACAAGGUGAUUCUUUUAUCAUAAAUCAGAAAUUUUUAGUGAACUUUUUAAACAUUAUAGAAUCGUUUAAGCAUUAUUUUAACACUAUUUUAAAAUUCUACCUAAAAUGAAAUACCUAAAAUUUUGAAUUAAUAAAUUGCCCUCCCCCCUCUUUUUCAAUUACAGACUUAUUCAAAUAGAGAAUAUUUGCUUGAUAUUUUUAUACGCAUAACACUAAUAUUAGAUUUACCGUUUAUGAGCUAAACCAGUUUAAGUUUUAAACCUGAGGAGUAGGGAAGUAUUUUCAAUUUAUCGCAUAAAUAUAGGUUUUAUUACCCUUCUCUACUCUUCCGGUCUAAACUUUAAACUGGUAUAACUGAUAAACAAGAAAUCUGAUAUUAGUGUUGUGCACAAUAAAAUUUCUUUCUCCGAAUCAGUGUUAAAAAAGGGGGUUCUUAUUUGAAAAUAAAACGUAUUUAAUAUAUAGUUUUUUAAGGUAUAUAGAGUGGGGGUAAAAAUUAAAAAAAGAUUUAAAAUAAAGAAAAUCAAUCAAUCUUAAUCAAUUAAAAAAAAAAAAAAAACAGAAAUUCAAUUCACUUAUCAUCCUACGAUAAAAUAGCUGGUUCAUGGUAAAAUAAUCAUCCGGUAUAAUUACUAAUAGAGAUUUAAAAGUGACAUUUCAAGUUUGUUUUUUAAUUGCCCUCGUCAUGUCAAACCUUUGGGAAUACUUAAACUAAAACAAAAUUAAGCGGGAAAUGCGUUGGUAAAUUUUGUUUGAAUGUUAUAAUACUGGCGAUUACGUAAAUGGACAGUGUAUUAUUAUAAUAUGUAGUUUUAAAAGUAAUUUUUAUUCAAAAUAUGGUAUUUGAUAUGGGAUUUUUAAAAAAAAUAUUUAUUUAUUUUUACUCUUGUAUCUCAAAAAAUAAGUAACAGUUUUAAAAUACUUAUUCGAUAAUACAAUUGCAUUCGGAAACCGACUAGAAGUUUGAUGAGCUUAUUAAAACUUCAAUAUUUUUAUUCGAAUAUUUCCUUUUGUUCUAUUCGAUAUAUUCAUUUGACGCCUACAUUAUUUUUAUUAUAAUACUAAUAUGUACCUGUGUAAAUAUACUUGUUCACAUCCAUAUAAUUUAUAUAGAUCUACCGAAAGAAGCGCUUAAAGGAUACAAAUAUGCGGUUGCAGGAACAAUUAACGAGACAGGUUUGUAAAUAUUAUGUUUGAUGUUUGAAAAUCGAGCAACAUAAAAACUAACCGAUUAAUUUAACGGGGUUUUUUUUCAGCCACGCGUUUGAAGAUCCCUAUGCAUCCAGAUUUCAAAAACAAAACUGGUAAAUAUACGGACUAUUGAGACACAUUCAUUGUGUAAUUGUAUGAAUUCGACAUUAAUAUUCAUACCGUGACUUCUUAAAACAUUAAACGGCAACCACAAUGAUAACACUGGCCAACACUUUUUUUUUUUUGUGGUCAGCAAUUUGAUAGUGAAUUCUGUAUACAUUUUUGUUUCUGAUACCAAAUCUGGCCUCAGUUUUGUAAGAUUCACUCUUGUUUUUGAGGUAAUCACUAAUUAUAACAAAAAACCAAAAAUUAUGCAACUAUAAAUUAUAAUAAUAAAAGAAAAAACCAUUUUUCGCUCUAAUAUAAAUUUAUUGUGUUUCAAAGAGUUUUGCGAAAUUUGACUGACUGACCUAUUAAGUUAAUAUUGAGUUUGAUAGAUAUUUAUCAAAUAAGAUAUUUUUAAAAUAUCAUUAUUACGUUUGCUACGGAAUUAGGAGCUGUCAAUAGAAAAAUAUUAUGUGAAACUUUAAACAAUUUAUUAUACUGUAAAUAGGUACUGUAUUUGUUAUGAAUACUUUACCAUCAUAAUUUAUUAAUUUUUUUUAAUGUGUUUAAAUGUGUUCAAAUGUUAUUGUAAAUGUCUAAUAAUAAUCAUAAAUAUCAAUUAUAUUUAAACGAUAAGAUUGCAAUUAGUCUGAAGCGAUUGUGUGUAUUUAAUCUUGAUUUUGGGAAUUUAUGUACCAUAUAAUUAGAUUAUUAUCGCGAAAAUACAUAUUUAAGUUUAGCAUUCUCAAAUUAAUCAAUAAUUAUUUUUAAAAAACUAAGCAAAAAUGUAUUUUUAUUUGUUUGUUAAUCAGUGUAAUGUACCACCAUAAACAUAUAUCGAACUCGGUAGCGUAAUAGCGUGACCCAAGUACGAAAGUUUCAAACAAAUUGUCUUCCACACAACUCUGAAAUAUCAUAGUGUAAAUGUUUAUCUGUCGACAUCUAACAAAUCUGUGAUGUCUGUCAAUAAUCAACCUGGGCCCCCAUUUUCGAAACGAAUGAUCAAACGUACAGUUAUAAUACCAAAAGUGGUUCGAUUUGUUCGAAAAUUUUACUUAAAAAAUGUUUUUUUAUUCAUCAAUAGACAAUCAUAAAAUUGAAAUUAUUUUCUAAACAAAAAUUUUACAGCUAUUAAGCUAUAUUUUGGUAAUGAAUUACGGGAACGGAAAAUAAUAGUAGACAAAAAGAGAAGUGUGAUAACUGUUAAAUUUUAAAAUGAUACGUACUUUUAAUAUCUUCAACGACUAAAUUGAUUGUAAGACGUAUACUAAAGCACACUAAAGAGUGGUCAAUAGCAACCAUAAGAAAACUACGUACAUUUUCGUUUAUUUACAUGUAUUUAUUCGCUAUUGCUUGAUAACUGUUCGUAAACAUACUUUUUGUAUAAACUACGUAAAAAUAAAGAUUUACUUAGGAUUUGGUCGUUCAUUUCUCUUACGUACGUUUCGAGACUAGUACCCCUGAUUGUAGUCAACAGAGUUAGAAUAAUUAAGUUUAUUUGUUUUUGUUAAUUAUUUUCUGAGCUAUCAAACUUAUAUGUUAGAUAUCGACAAAUAAACAAUACCAUCCCAAGUGCAGAGUGCCUAUACUGCCAACACUUUAAAGGACACAGUGAAGCUCACGCUUUUUGACUGCCCUCACUGGGAAAGUGGGAGCCUUACCUACAAGCAGUAAAAUCGUUUUUUGGCAGCAGUAGCAUCUCCAGUUACGUGCAAAACCUUCUCUUCAGCCCAUCUGACCUCAUUCACCGGGACCAGGAUCACGUCAGGCAUGACUAGCUCAUAUCCGCUUCAAUUCGCUUUACAGCAUAUAAAGCCUGCAUCAAACGCACAAUUUUUAACAAUUUUAUAUAUUUUGACUUUUUAUACUCAAUACAAUUUUAAAAUCACGGAGUUUCUGAAAUGUGCAAAAUAAUAAUGUAUUCUACAUAAUAUAUAUAUAUAAGUGGUAUGCUACUAUUUAUUAGUACGGACAAAUUAAAUGUUAUAAAGUAAUUGAAAGCCAAUUGAAAAAUAACCUAAAAAACAUCAAUUCAAUUUUAGGCACAUAGAAAAGCGUUUAGUAGUUUUUUUUCUUAGGUACAAUGUCCAUUUCGAGUCAAAUUGACGUACGGUUGGCCAGCCCCCCCCCCCAUUGGAAAAUCCAUAAACAAAUUAUGCAAAGAUUUCGAACGUAAUUUGCAAAAAUUCACAGCCCUAUGUUUGGAAUUCGCACGACACUCCUUUCCCCAAAAAGUCCAAUGUGAUAGUUAAAAUUUACAUUUUUCAAUUAACCUUGCCGAUAUUUAGUACGCAAUUAGCAUGAUGUUAUAAAAAACUCUAUUCUAAAAUGUACUUUUAACCCAUUUCUUUUCAAAUCGUUACAUUUUUAUUAAUUGUAUUUUUUACAAAUAUUUAGCAGAUUUGUUGUAGAUUGGCGUCUGAAAUUUAAAUUUUUAAGAAAUUGAAAAUCAAUGCGUAAAAUAACGAUUUUUCCUCAAACGAUUUUUAUAUUAUCUAUAAUACCGGUUCGUAAUACACUGCUUGAUUUUAUACAUUAUAAUAACGUACGUUUGGCAAGCCUCCCCCUCACCAGAAAAUUAAAACAUUUCCCCUCAUUGCUAAUAAAUAAAUAGUAAAUUGAAAAAUAUCAUACGCUAUGUUUUUUGGAAAAAAAUCGAUUUAACCUAUCAUACUGUAUGCGAGUAUGCAUUUGGCCUUAAUAUAAAAUAAAUUACUAAUAUUAAUGUACAUAAAAUACAUAAAUAAUAUCCAAGGCACUAGACUGACAGACUAUAUUCGUUCAGAAUCGUUUUUUAUCGUAUACAAUGAUUUAUGAAUGAAUUGAAAUUUAACAUAUCCAUCACAGUGAUCAACCUAAUAACGAGGUGCAAACGACACGUACUAAACAGCUGAGCGACUUCCCGGUUUUAUUUUCGGUUUAAUAUUUUUGGCCAUAAUAAAUAUAACGAUUUGAAUUGGAAGUUAUGUACAUUUAGUUUUUGACGAUUUAGACCAUCUUUUUAUUGAAAAAUAAUAUUUAUAUAUAUAUACAUUUAUAUUAACUGUAUUUUAUGUUUUUAAAUUAUUAAAAUUUGGUUUUUGCAAAUAUUUAGCAGAUUUGCUGUAGAUUAGUAAGAUUUUUUCAAAUUACAUUUUGUAUGAAAUCGUUUAUUUUGUAAAGAAAACUUGUUAAAUAUGGAAUAAUACGUACAUUUUCUUCUAACCAUUUUUAAAUAAACCCGGCGAAUAAACAGCAAGCAGUUUACAAGACAAUAAUGAAAUAAAUAACGUUGGUCAAUGUUAAAGGUCUGUUUCCGCACAACAGUGACGGGACAGUACCGUGACCAUUUUGGAAUUCCCCCGGCGAGUUAAAAAAGGAAAGACAAGCUUGUUGUUCUCACUCGCCCGGUGCGUGACCGUACGGUUGCAAAGUGUUAUCACCGUAACCGUACCGUGAUUUUGCGAUUACUCGCCGACGAUGUUUUUUAUAUUUCACGACCGUGAUUUUUUUCAUUGUAUUCGACGAUAGCGCGACGACCAUAUACAAUAUUUCACUUUUAAUUUUGUACACUAUUUUUUUUUUUUUCUACGUUGUUACGAUGGGCCUAGUCGAGUAUGAACAUCGGUGUCCGGUGACCGAAUAACAAAUGACAAUAACUUAUCAUCGGUUUUUGAUCUAAUACAAAUAAUAAACGUUUAUAAAUAAAAUCAAAAGCAUACCUACUAGUUUCAAAAUAGAUAUACCUACAACAUUAUAAACAUUAUACUAAUAUAUACAAUGUAUAUAUUGUUUUUCAAUGAAAAUAUGGUCUAAAUUGUCAAACAACAAAAUUCAAAUCGUCAUAUUUAUUAUGGUCGAAAAUAGUAAACCGAAAAAAAGUAGGUGUCUAAAAUCAUGCAAUGUAUUACGAACCGGUAUUAUAGAUAAUAUAAAAAUCGUUUGAGGAAAAACCGUUAUUUUACGCAUGGAUUUUCAAUUUCUUAAAAAUUUAAAUUUCAGAUGCCAAUCUACAAAAAAUCUGCUAAAUAUUUGUAUAAAAAAUACAAUUAAUAAAAAUGUAACGGUUUGAAAACAAAUGGGUUAAAAGUACAUUUUAGAAUAGAGUAUUUCAUAACAUCAUGCUAAUUGCGUACUAAAUAUCGGUAAGGUUAAUUGAAAAAUGUAAAUUUUAACUAUGAUUUUGAUUUUUUCGGGGAAGGAAUAUCGUGUGAAUUCCAAAAAUAUAUUUUUUUUUUCGUGCGAAAUAUUUGCAUAAUUUAUUUUUGGAUUUUCCUAUGGAGAGAGGGGGGGGAGCUGGCUAAACGUACGUGUCAAAUUGUCGAUAUUGUUGACCAGCAGUAAUAAAGUUUGAUAAAUUUUCUAUUUUUUAACUCCUCAACGCUAAGAACAAAUCUGAACAAUUUAUUAAAUAAAAUCAACUCGUAUCUAACAAAAUGUAAACGCAGAUUCCUCUCUGAUAAUAAAAGUCGGCGAUUUUAUUGAUUUCGACAUGACAACAUUUUACACUAAAGAGUAUAUGGAGUUUGCUAUAUAGUUAUUUAUAGAUUUGUGAAUAACAACAAUGUUAUUAAUUUUUAUACGUUAUGCAAUAUGCACAUAACCGUAAUCCGCCGGAAAUCCAACGGAAUUCGGCGGCGGCGGUGGCGUAUUAGAAUAAUUUAAUUAUUAUGCUGCGUAAAACUAUGGGAAUAUAGAAAUGGGACACUCGCGUUUUGUCGAUAAUUUCCCCGGGAUUUUAAAACCGACAUCGGGUGAGACGGUCGUGUGAUAACGACAUAAGAGGGGGGGGGAGGGGAAUAUUUAUUAUGCCUCUCUAUGGAUAUUUUUGAUAAACGACAGUGUACGGUGAUUGUGUAUUUUUGUAAAUGUUAUGUCCAUUUUCCGGGUAUAAAUAAUUCAAUUCAUUCGAACCACAUAGCGCACAUGUUUCGUAAAUUGUACAAUAAUAUUAUUAUAUUGAAAAACCCACUAAAUUGUUCGUGUCUCGUCUACGGGUAUAGAUUAGGUUCGUCGAUAUAUUUUAGAGAAAUAGUUUUUAUAUCGAAAAUCGUAAUUGGUUUAGUUGAUUGCUCACGUACCGGUGAAAAGGAAUUAUUUGGUCAGCAACGUAAACAUUUUACUUUUAUACUUCCAUAAAAUGGUUUUCUGAACGCUACGAUUGAUAUAUUAUAGUUUUAUAAAAAAAAAGAAAUUACCUUUUUAUCUAAACAGCACAGAGAUUUUUAUGUGAGAGCUCUGACGGGGGGUUCUUUCCCCAACCACAACUAAUCAUCACCAUCAAUCACCUAAACGCUAAAAAUGGUGACUUAUGACGAUUUCGUGAAAUCAAACGAGGGGGUUAACGGCUUCUCCAUUAAUCGCCGACCGUCCAGGGAAAUAAAUUGAACGAGAUUAUCAUAAUCCGUAUAUCGGUAUUGCACAGCGCAAAAAUACAGUCCACCCGUCUUGUUAUUUACUGCUAAAUAGAAGUGAUUUUAGUAAGGUGCGUCCCAUUAUUGUUAAAAUUCGAAUGAUAACAUAGAAACGAAAUUGCGUGUUAUCCAAACGUCUUUCUGAAUCCAAUAUGAAAUUAAAUCUAAAAACUAUUAUUUAAAUAUAAUUAAUAAAAAGGCGAAAUUAAAAUCUAUCAAAAUGUAUUUAUUAUACCUACUUUUAAUAACAAAAGUGAACAUUGAAAUAAUAUAACUUCAAAUAUUUAAAAAUUUGAGUCAAUGGCUAUACCAAUUAUAUAAUAUAUUAUAUUUUUUAUUUCACAUAUAUAUACAAGUAUAUAUAUAGUUUCUUAGGUUAGUAUCGAAAUAGCCAUUUUGUAAAAGAUAUUAUUCUAAACAUUUUAAUAUUUAAUAAUUAAAUAAAAAUUAAAUCGAUUUAAUAUCUAGAAAUUUAAGGAAAAAUAAUUAAAUUUCAAUUGAAUAACACGUUAUGAAGGAAUCACAAUCAGUACGGUAAUUCCUAUCUACAGUUGAAUAUUAAUUGUUUUCAGACCAAUUUUCUAGAAAUUAAAACGACUAAUAAGUACUAAUAAAUAAUUAUUUUGAAAAUGUUUUAAAGUGAUAAAAUAAAAAGUUAUUUUUCUUCAAUAAUAAAGAGAUUAAAAUAAAAAUUGUGUUUUUCUCUACGUAUAUGUCGCCCUCGCACAAAACCCAACUGAAAAAAAACACGAUAUUGAUAGAGUUAUUAGCAUAAGGAUAACAUUGUAGGAUACUCUCUAUGUAAAAAUAUAUUUCGUUUUUUUUUUUUUUAAUUUUUAUCCUCACAGUCUCACCAGUUUAGUACCACCGAGGUUUUAUGAUUUUUUCGAUACCUAUACUAUUACGAAAUUAUUUCCACCCCCUCCUUGCUAUUCAUUUAUUAUUACCUUCUGCUGCUUUUCAUUAAAACCGAACGCGGAAACUGCAGUAAUUUCGCGGUCGUGUAAAGUAAACCGCGUUUCAUUAUUUAUCAUCACAGACUGCUGCAGCGAUCGACCGUGUAGUACCAACAUUUGCACACGUAGUUUUAUAAUAAUUUAUUAUUUAUUUUUUAGUUUAUAGAUUUACGACUUGCGGGUCAAAAGGCAGAUUGGGCCCGAGCAAUAGAUCUUGUGAAGUCGCGUACAACAACAGCACCGUGUCCGUGAUUGUGGUUAACGAUACGUACAUGGACGGGGUGCAAAUUUGGCGCGUACCCGAAACGGGAGUAUACACGUGAGUACAUUGAUAACGAAACAAAAAUUCAAGUUCAAUACAAUAUAGGGAUUUGUGUAUACAAAAACUUUGUUACAAACUUUGUCACCGGAAACUUACAUCAAACUAACGCAGUAGCACCGUCAACUCCCUUAUAAUUCAAACCUUGCAAUAUUAUCGUAUUAUACCUACAUCUCCGAAUACACAUCUCAUCCUCGUGCCUAUCAAAGAUAAACUAGAAUUCGUGACUUACUCUGGUAAAGUCAAAUAAAAUAAUGCAGGUAUGUGUAGGUGAUCGGGUCUCAGACACAUAUUGGAAAAUAUUAUAAUUUAUUGGAUUUUUUUUUUUUUUGGAAAUCGUAAAAAACAAAUUUAUUAGUCUUAAAGGUAACAUCACCGGUAUUUUGUUUUGUUGUGGUAAUGCGGCAAUAUUUGUUUAAACAAAAAGUAAUUAUAUUGAUAAAGAUUAAAUACAAUUAGUAGUAUAUUCUAAUAACUUGUUUCGUGAUAGAAAAAAAUCACCCCGUUUAGCUUUUUGUGUGUAUUUAUUUAUUUUGUUUAUAAAAGUUAAGUUUUUGUAAAAGUUUACUAAUCAUGCAAAGUUUUCAAUCAAAAAUUGAGUUUCCUGAACAUUUUGAAAAAAGAGUAGUAAGUUAUAUCGACAUACAAUUCUAAUGAAAAUUUAACAUACGGAACUGAUUUAACACACAGAUUUAUUAAAUUAUAUGAUUGUAUACUAAUCAUACACAUUUUAAUUCAAAUAGAAUGUCAUAGCCGUGUAUGUAAACAACAUUUUAUAUUAAAAUUAAAUAAAAACAAUGAAGACAUAUUUUGUUUUUUCUAAAUAUUUUUCAAAUGAAUAUAGUGCAGUUUCAUAUUACAGCGCUUUUCAAACUUUUUCGACUCAUAGAGCCGUUUUUGAAAUAAAGAUUCAGAUCUCAGGGCAAUCAUUCAAAUAAUAGCAAUUAAAAAAAUGAUUCUGAGUGGGGUAGUAUUUUUUAAGGUUUUUUCCCCAAUGAAUAACAGAAAUUAAAAAAAGUAAAAUUGGUAUAUCAGCAAUUUCUGUUCGUUUUUUUUUUAAUCCCCAAAAAAUCUACUGAGAACCUAGAUAUUUUAUAAAAGUUAAGUACCACUGGAAAAAUAAUGUAUUUCCGGAUUAUAAAUAUAUGUAAGUGGCAGUCUAAAUGUUUUUUUCUAUUUUUUAUUUCAUACUAUACAUGUUUUUUUUUUUUUUAAAAAUUAACAUAUUUUAAAUUCUGAGUGGAAAGAGGAAUGUAUUGGUUUUGCAAUAAUGUUUAUUAUUAUUAUUUUUUGGAAACUAUGAUUAUUUAUUAUCUAAUAUCUUUUACAAAAAUUCUACCAGAUAUAUUGUUCCGAUGUAUCAAGUGUUGCAUCUUUUCUGAAAGAAAAUUUUUCUAGUUGUUAAAUUAAGCAGUACAUUUUUUGAUUUUCCAAGUGAUUUUCAUAAUAAUUGGGAAAAACUGGGAAAAAACGUAAGAAAACAGGAAAAUGUACUGUAUAUUAUUUUCAAUUUAAAUCAUUUUUUUUUUUAAUGUAAUUCAGUUUAAUAUUUAUAGAGACUUGAAAUUUCUAUAUAAAAUGUAUAUUUACUUUUUCUAAGCGUGGUAAAAUGUACAAAACACUUGUGUCAUUUUUGAGCAACUUUUUUACCAAUAAUUUUGCUCUGAUUUACAAUGACAGCACUUGUUCUAAAAGGAUUGCAAAGACACUUUAGGGGGUCAUUUUUUGAUUUGCUCAUGAUUUUUCCACAUUAAAUAUUAAAGGAAAAUCGUAUCAUGUUCAUCGAACGGAAGACUGUGUAUUUUAAAAUUUAGAACGAAAUGGUUAGUGAAGGAAAAUAAGUAUCAUAAAUAAUAUUAAAUCCAAUAUUGUUAUUUUGCAAGACAUCAAGACUUUUAAAAAAAAUAUUAUCUUUUCGAAUGAGCGUUGAUAUUUUUUAGGUUUCUAUUUGAAAAUUAAAAGCACAAUAUUGAAAAUAUAUUUAAGAUGAUUAAACGGUUUUAUAAUGCUAUGGGGAAUAAAAUUAAACAUCAAUUUUAUUUAAAAUUUUCGUGGAUAUUCGCUGGAUCAUGAUGUCAUUAUAUUGUAUGCAAUAUGAACCAAAAUGUUUUUGGAUAGAUCAAUAUUUAAAUUAAUUAUUGUAUACACAUCGACGAAUUUGGCUGACUAAAUUUUAUAAAAAUAUACCUACGUUCGCUAAUAGUUUGGUAAUAAAUUAAAUACACGUGGUUAUUUGUAUUCGCGUAUAUACUUUAGUCUCUAGUUAUAACCAAAUAUAGGUACUUUAUAAUUAUAUUAGAUAUAUAAUUUAAAAUCACUGAAAUUCAUUUAUUAGUCACAUGAUAUGAUAUUAUUUAAAAAAAUAUAUCGGCGCAGUUACAUCUAUUGAUUCUAGAUUCGAACUCCAAAUACACAAGUAUUAUUUUUAUUUAUUUUUUUUUUAACUAACCACUUACUAGCUGCCCCGCAUAGCUUUGUUCGUGUAAAUAAUACAAUAUUAAAUGAUAACAAAAUUAAAAAAAAACUGAGUAAUAACUAACUGUAGGUUAAAUGGAAGGUAGGAGAAAGAGAGAAAUUUAAUUUAUAUUUAAUAAUGAAAGAUAAACCAUUUAUAACGAGCGAGGGGUUCGGUUAUAUAUAUUAUAAAAGGCAGUACAAUUUACGUUUUUUGUCAAAAUUUAGUUUUAAAAUGUAUUCUUAUAAAAAAAAACUACAUUAAAUUCAAAAAUUCUUUUUUUACCACAUACUACAAAUUACAACAAUGAAUCUAAUUUUUUCAAGCAUUUCUGUUUAGUCUAACGAUUUUCUCCACAAAAUCUACCGAAUAAAAAUUACGUGAAAACUUAAAAAAUCAAAAUGUCUAAAAAUAGCUCAAAAAUAGCACAAAUGUUUUGAAAAUGUUACCACUUUUAAAAAGAGCAAAUUUAAGUUUUAUGUCUCAACUUCAAGUCUCUAUAAUUAUUUUAAACUGAAUAAAAUUAAAAAAAUGAUAUAAAAAAUAAUACAUUUCGUAAAAUUGUUUCGUUUUAGAUUCUGCGUGGAAUAAGGAAUUUAUUUUGGUUUUAAAAAGAUGUUUUUUUUAUUUUUUUUUUUUUAAACACUUUUUCUACCAGAAAGCAUACUCCAAUUAUCAAGUAUAGCACCUUAUCUGAAAGGAAAUGUUUUAUGGGUGGUACUUUAAACAGAUAAUUUUUUGAAAUUUGCAUUAAUAUUCGAGAUAACGAGGAAAACUUCGGUCUUUAGAUUAAAAAAGAUAAGAAGAUUAAAAAUAGGUUGUCAUUGGUAACCGUUUUUAUUUAUUUUUCGUUGUUAUUAAGUUUGUAUUAUUUUAAUUUUUUUUAAACAAUCAUUGUCAUAGAAACGCACAUUGUUGUAAUCAUUUUACCAUAAUUUGAUAUAUACCGUAUAUUAUAUUGUUGACAUAGCCACACUAUCAAUUAAACUCCGCUCUGAAUCGUUUUAUCAUCAGCAAUGGUUUAUCGUUGAUUACAGAUAUACAUUAAAUUCCCGUCUGUAGCCUACCUUCCUAAUUUCCCACCUACAACAGUGGCUGCGAAGUAUGUUCGUCCUUUUUUAUUCGUGUCAUUAGAAAUUUAAAAAUUAAUUAAUUUUACAGUUUUUCGAAAUUAUUAUGUAAACCGCUUGGAAAACCAAAAAAUACUUUUUCUUAAUGUAGAUACAAUUUUCGUUCAGAAAAAAAUAUUACACUUGAUACAAAAUAAUAUUUCUGGUAGAGCAGUUGUUCACAAAACGAAAAAAAAUUAAUAUGUCAAAGAAAAAAUCAUCGUAAAACCAAUUAAUUCAUUGCUACGCUACGAAUCUAAAAAUAUAAACGUGUCUCGCCGUUUUCACCGCCGUACAAUUAGUCAUUGUUUCCGGGAAAUUUAUUUUUUUUUAAAUAAAGGUACUUGCUUGCCAGUGAAAACUUUACAAUAAUUAAUUCACAUUUAUAAAUUGUAUUAUUACCUAAGGAGACAGCGAGGUUUCGUUGUUGUCGCUAAUCGUACAAAUUACUGCACUUAUCUUCAAUAUUAUUCGUUUUAAUGAAAAAUUACCGGGUAACCAUGGUUACCCGUAUUGGAGUUGGAUGCUGCGAGUCACGUAUAAUUACGGGGAAAUGCGUUAUCAUUUUUUAAACUUGUGUCAUUCAAUACUGUGCAAAGAUAAAGUCUUGUAGACACUAUUAUAGUUAAAUAUGGGUAAUUAUUUUAUAAAAUGUGAAAUCAAAAUUAAAAUACCAACACUGUUCUAUAUAAAUAUUAUAACGUUUGAAAAUUAAAAAAAAAACUGUUAAGUAUAUAUUCCUAUAUUAAUGGAUUAAUUAUUUUUUACUUUAUCAUGUACUAGACUUUAUUAGGUCCCGUGUCUCUACUAAUCGUCAAAUAAUUACCUAAUAAUAAAAUUAUACUGUUUUAAUGAACCUCGUCUAAUAAGUUUAACAUGACGAGUGUACAUUGUUGUUUGGUUUCAGUAUUGUGGCCAAAGGAGCCCGUGGUGGCAAAGGUGCCGACGGAAUGGGCAUUUCUAAAGGAUCAACGGCCAUAGUUGUGGUCGAGUUGUACAAAGAUCAAACGUUGCACAUUUUGGUCGGCCAAGAAGGUGGCGACGCGUGCCGAAAAGUACGUACUUGAACACCUUAUAAUAGAGGGUACUUAUGCGUUUAAUUGGUCACACAAUCGUGAAAUGUUAUCGCUCAUCAGUUUCACUAAAAUAUAAUAUCCAUACAUUUAUGUAAUUGAUAAAGUAUACGAUUUGUCAUCCUGUAAUAAUUUGUUUCCGUCAUUUAGCUAUGCAGUUAUCAGAUAUACCUUAUUUAUUGUAUUUAUUAUUUUUUUUAAAUUCUGAGCGGAGUGAAGAAGCUUAUAGUUUUACAAAGAUGUUUAUUUUUGUCUUUAUCUGUGCACAACUUUUCUACCAGAAGACUUGCCCAGAUUUGAAGUGUAGCACCUUUUUUGAAAAGAAAUUUUACUGGGGAGGUACUUUAAAGAAAUAAUGAUAAAAUCAAAAAUAAUAAAAAUAAAAAUAACAUCAGCGCCAAAUAUAAUAGUUUCCUAACCAACAAUCUCACUGACAGUGUAAAUAACAACAAUAAUAUUAACCAAAUUUACAAUUUACAGUAUUCAAAACGUAUAAUAAUAUCAUUAAUUCGUUAAAUAAUAAAUUAAACAUUAAUCAUAAUAAAUCAAUAAAUACAUUUGAUUAAUCGGGUAUUUAUUAAUUACAUGCCAAUGUAACAAAACAUGUUAGGUAAAGCAUAUAAAAACAUUAAAACCAGAUUCAAAGAACAUACAUCUGAAAUAAGAUUAAAAAAAGAAAAACCCAAAUCUAACUAUGUCAUACAUGUUUUAGAAAGUAACCACAGCAUCACAAUUUACAUUGAAAAAGAUUUAUUGAUAAUAUGCACACAAAAAAGUAAAUAUUGAAAUUCAGUUCUGGAAAGUUACCAUAUUCACAAUAAAAUAAAAACAAUAAUUUCAAUAAUUUAUUAGAUGUUUAAACAGAUUUUAAAAACUAUAUUUUAUUUUCUUAUCUAAAUAAACUUAAAGAUGAUAAUAAUAGUGAUAACAUUAUUUAAUCAAAUUUCUCAGCUAUCAUCGUUUUGUUAUAUUAAAUAUGUACAAACUUUUAUGAUAUUAUAACGACUAUGGUUAUUUUUAUUUUAAAAUUUAUAUUGUUCCUACUUUUAAAUUAUAUUAUGUGAAUCAUUAAAUUACAUUGUUUAUCAGUAACUUGAUUAUGGCAUAAACCCAAACUAAGUAAUUGUGUAAAUAAAACUUAUUAUACGCUUUAUGUCAACUUUUUAAACAAAAAUAUUGUAUAUAAUUAAAUAAAAGAGUCAUUUCAAAUAUAUAAUUUUAUAAUUAAAUUAUCAUCAGGCACAUUCUAAACAACUGUGCAGGGGCGUACGCAGGUGUAGCGUUCUAGGGUUUUAACCUCCCCUCACCAACGUUUCUACCUCCUGCCAAAAUUUUUUUAAGCAUUAUUUUUAUUGAUAAUUUGUAUGGGUGGGGAGGGGCAAUUUCCUCCGCGGGUUUUUGAUUAACCUAUAAUGAAAAUCUUAAACAAAGUAAAAUCCUGCGUAGGCUACUUCAACUGUGUAAAUUGAUAUCAUAAAUAAAUAAUUUAGCAUAGGUAGCUUACUAACCCUACCUGUCUAAUUUUUUUACAUACAAUUGAAGGAUGAAUAUUACUUUUUUCGCACUUUCCAUCAAAAGUUUUUAAGUAAAUUUUCUGUGCUUACGAAUACUUCUAGACAUAUACCUGCGAGAAAUUAGUUUGAUUACACUUUUGUAAUUUUAGGCCUAUAGGAAAAAAACCAGGAAAGUUAACUGAUACUGAAAACAUUUUAAGUUAACUUUAGAAACUGGGAAGUAGAUUUUCUGGUUUUUUUCCUUUCGUUUUAUCUAAAAACUAAGUAAAAAAUCAACUUAAUUUAUAGUGAUACAUUUUUAUCAAUGAAUCGUACUUACUUAUUUAGGACAUUAGGUAGUAUAUGUAUCCAAGUAUCUUUAUAUAUUUUUUUUCAAUCUUUAUCUUAUAACUAUUUAGUAAUUUAAUUUUGUGUCAAUUUAUAGGACUUCUAAAAAUCUACGAGGUACCUUAUUUAGUUAGUGAUUACCUAUCAAUGUGUACCUUAAGUACAUUUGUUGAUUUAAAUCAAAUCAGUACAAUACAAUUACAAACAAAAUAAUUCUAGAUUCACGACAAGUCAAACUUUUUUUUAUAUACAUAAAAAUAUUUGACAUUUUUAUUAUAAACAAUUAAACUAUCAGUCGAUUCUAUCAAAUUAUCGUUAAUUAGUAUGUUGAUUUUAAAUUUAAUAUUGGAUACAUUUAAAAAAAUUGAAAUUAACUUAAUAUUAUGCAAUUGAAAUUCAACCCAUUGUUUCAUAAGUUAAUAAAAAAAAAACAAAUAUCAAAAGCUUAAGUUAAAAUUAACUUAACUAUUUAUUUUUAACAAAAUUAGUCAAUGCUUAGCCUUGUAUUUUUACCGUGCAUAUUUUUAUCGUAUUUAUCACAAAUCUACAGUGCAUAAAAUUCUGGUUUUUAAAAUAUAAUUUACACAUUUUGUUUUAGACGUUCGAGAAACAAGACGGAGCGUGUCAGCGGGAACAGUACUUCCGGUCCGGUAGCGCUCUUAAAGUAUUGCACGACUUGCGCCUGCUCAACGGUGGCGGUGGUGGAGGCGGUGGAUCUUUCGUUUUCACAGUUGAGUACAGUAAUUUCUCAGGGAACUAUAAAGAUAACGCCUAUAUAAAAACCAUAUUUCUCGUACACAGCGGUGACAUUACUAUUACACAUUUUUUUUUUUUUUUACCUGGUUAUAGUUAAACGAGUCAUGACCGUGCAUUUUUUUUUUCCAAUUAAUAAUUAUGCAUGUGCGUCAGUCAACGAUAUCGCAAUUAUAGCCAGCAGUAUCACGACUGGAAUAAAGUUUAAUAAUACAAUAUAAGGAAGACGAAAAAAACCCACUAAAAAUCAAAAUAAUACGCAUCACUUCAGCGGAAUAAAACGAAAAUAACAGUUUACAUGAUGAUUAUAUCUUAUUAUUGAAUGCUCAUUAUUUCACAAAAAUUUUUUUUUGAUAAUUUAAGAAACAAGGAGAUCUAAAAUGUUAUGUAAACAUUAUUUUUUUUUACCCUUAUUUUUGGUUAGAAACGACCAUAGGAGGUCGUUUCUGUGUCUCCCCUAAUUUGUUUCAUGAAUAACCUAAAACUAAUUAUGCACAAAUAACCGGACAUCGUGCAUAGUCAUACACAAACGAUCGUCCUGGGUAGAAUUCCAAAAUUCUAAUUUGGGGGGAAACAGAAAUGGAGCCGUAAAAAUACCCACUACUUUUCCAAACUUCAAAAUGGAAUAUCUCAUAAAUGACGGAAAUCAAAAAUGUUAACACUGAAAUGUAUUUAACUAAUACUUUGUUUAUAUGUGGAACUUUUAAUAUUGGUUACCGUUUGAAAAUCAAAACUUGAAAUUGUUUUACCCCCAAAAAUAACCAUGACAAAAAAAUAAUGGUGAAGUAAGGUGAAGUUAGAUCUGCUUGUUUCUUAAAUUGUUUCUAAAAUUUUUUUUUUUUAAAAAGUACAUAUUUUACGAAAUAAUGGGUUUCAAUAAUAAAAGAAUCAUCCUGUAAAUAGUGAUAAUGAUAGUGAAACAGACUAUUAAAACAAAUUAUUUAAAACUCAGUUGUGAUUUUUUAUAAAAUUUAUUUAUACCUACUUCUUUAAAAGUAGGCGCCUAUACAAAAUACCAUAAAGAGGGCACCACACCGUGGACAUCUACUGUGUCCUUUUUACGAACGCAAGACAUAAAAAAUUUGCGUUCAGGAGGACACAUUUUUUGCCGUUAGUUUUAAUAUUAAAGCAAAUUUACUUAUUACUAAACUUAAAGGUAAGACAAUUAUAUAAUAUACCCCAGCGUUGAUAUUAUGUCGAUCUUUGAAUUUUUAAGCAAGAUAUAAUCAUUUUUAAAUUGUGAUAUUUAACAUAUUCAUGUCUCAUUUAAAAAAUAAAAAUAUGGUAAAAUCAUCAUUGCCUGUACUUUAACAUAGUUAUAAUCUUCUUAUCUUUGAUUUUAGUAAUAGGUCAAUUUACUUUAAUAUUAGAACUCAUGGCACAGAAUGUGUCUUAUUGAACACAAAUUUACUAUGUCCCGUGUUUAUAAGACGGAGAUAGUAGAUGUUGGUGUGGCAUCCUCAUAAAACACUCUUAAUUGAAUACGACAAAGAUCUACACAUGCUAUUUAUCGAUUUCCAGCAAGUUUAUGAUAGCAUCAGUAGAGAUCGACUAUGGUCAGCACUUAUGCAUUUCGGAUUACCAAAGAAAUUAGUUAACUUAAUAAAUUGUUGCAAUUUAAGCACAUUUUGCAAUGGUUAGGUUAGCUUUCCUUGUACGUUUUCUUGGAGAAAUAUCAAAGGAUUUUGCGGUUAUAUAUUAAUUGAAACAAGGAGACGCAUUAUCUCCUGCAUUCUUACAUUUAGCUCAAAAAGUAAUAAGAGACAUAGAGGAAAACCAAAAAAUGGAAAUACUGGAGCCUACAACUCACUUAUUAUAUUUGGACGAAAUUGUGAUAUUUAGAGAAUCGAAAAUGGAACUAAAACGUACUGUAAGAAAUCUCAUUUUGAAAAGAUAUGCCUUAAAUGGAAAAAAGACACUAUAAAUAUAUGCAAUGAGUAGGCACCUAACUCCAUUACAAAAUUUGAACAUUAUUGUUUAUAUUUUGAACAUGUCUAGAAUUUUAGAUAUUUACAUACUAUUUUAGAUUUCUAGAUAGGGUCCUAAUAUACAUAAAUUAUAAAAACGAUAUGCAUAACGAGAUUUAGUCCAGAACAAGUGCAGCAAACCGUGGGUACUAUGCAAUGAAUAAAAUAUUCACAUCGAAACUUCAUUCAAGAGACACAAAGAAAAAAUUAUACAUUGCCUACUUUCGCCCCAUUAUAAUGCACGGAUGUGAAACGUGGUUCACGAUACAAGGUGACAAGAAUAAACUAUUGAUCUUCAAAAGGAAAAUAUAUGAACCUAUGUUAAAUCGCAAUACUGAUAUAUACGAGCGGAGGAAAAACGCAAACUUAAACAGACUGUAUAAUGCACCCGAUUUACAAGAUUUUUUUUAAGGCCAUAAAGGUUAGAGUGGGCUUGUCAUGUACGGUAUGCAAAGGGUAGAUUGAUUAGACAGAUUAACCUAUCCGAGAAAUUUGAUGACUGAUUUAUUUACAUUUUGUGUUUUCGUAUAUUUUUAUAUGGAUAUACCUCUUAUAAUAUUAUUACUACGGUGUCAUUAUUAUAAGACUUUUUUUUUUUUUAAUUUUAAGGGCUCACAAGAGCAUGGUUUUUAUCCACUUGUGAUCGGCGCCGGUGGAGGUGGUUUGGCACAUGGGCCUUUCAAAGACGACAGCCGACAACAUGGUAACGGCACAAAUCCAAGGUUACCGCCGAUUACCGCACCGUCAUUCGGUGAAAACCCCGCAGGUUUGUGCAGUUGUGAAUAGUUUUCUAAUUCCCAAAAUGUAUACUUUUAAACUCUUAAAUUUCAAGUAGUUGUAUAAAUAAUUUGAAAAUCGUACGUCACGUAUAAAAUCUAAUAUAGCUAUUAUAAGUGUAUUACACAUACUAUAUUUGGUAAAAAUCUAUACGGUCUCUAUGAUUAUUUUCACUCUAUAAUAAUGAAAAAAGACAAAACUCCGAAAAUUGUUCCGUUUUUCCAGUGUUCUUUCUUUCUUAUUUUUUUCAUUUUUUUUUUUUUUUUUGAAAAGUAAAUAAAAUAAAAAUAAACAAAAAAAACCGAGCCAACUUAACGACAUUUGCUAUCAAUUAUCUCCGUGAUAUUGACAAUCGAAGCAAGUUUUUUGGUCGACAAGUAGUUUACAGGCAGAAAAAAAUAUUCGUAAACGGCAUAGCUCCGUCAAAUAGAACCAAAUUUCCGCCAUUAUUCUUAUAUAGAUAUAUUUUUGUAAAACAAUGAAUAACUGAACACUAUAAUAGUACAAUAAUUAUUCUGUUAAUAAACACAAAUUAAACUAUACAAUUAUUUUAUAGUCACUUCUGGAAAAAUGUUAAAAAUUGAGCAUAAGAUUGGUAAGGACACGUUUGAGUUAAUUUGGUUUGGAGAGAGCAAUUUAUUUAAAAGGAAUUCAACUAGACUACGAAUACCUAUAAUGGGUUAAUAAUAUUGUAUUAUACACUAAGCAAUAUACUAUAUUAUCGUUUCUUCGUUUAGAAAAAAUGUUACCUCGAUAUUGUUUUGGAAUCAUCAAAUUUUCAACUCUACCAUAUUAUAUACAGUGAAAUCUCUGAAUAGCGGACACCCUCGGUUACCGAAUUUUUGUCCGCUAUUCAAAGGUAUCCGUUAUUCAGAGGGGUAAAUUUUUGAAAUUCUCUAAGGAUAAUAUGUAAAGUGAAAACAUCCGCGCUAUAUUAAAUUAAAUUAUAACGUAGUUAUUGUCGUUAGUCGUUAGUCGUCAGUCUUAUCAUAUUGUUCGAUAACGAGUUUGUUUUGAGCGAGUUCAUUAUCGUUAAACCUAAUGCUGUCGCCGUUUUGUCAUUGUUUUUAAUAGGUGUCUGCUAUUCGUAAUCUUAUUGAGUUCGUUAGCGUUAUUACAUUAUUAAGAUAGUACAUAUUAAUGCGAAUGUGUUUAGGUACUGUCUUUUUGUUAUUAUUUUUAAAUUAAGAUUAAAAUAGUCAUAGACGCAACUAAACCACCAUCUUUAGGUGGGAGGGUGUGCUAAAAUGAUUGAAUACAAUUUGACCCAUCAAAGACCUGUGAGGGGCAUGGCCUCUACAUAAUCCCUUUACACGACGCUUACAAUAGGCAACUACACAUUUCAUGUAAAAUUUUGUAUACACAAAUUUAUCCUAACUAUUUUAGCAUUAUUUUUCUACAUACACGCAUUAUACACAAAUAGGAUAUCUGUACUUUGUUCUGAUGCUCAUUAACUAUGAAAUAGGUGAAUAAAAUAUGUAUUCGUUACCAUGAGAAAGCUAACUGGGGGUGCUAAAGACUCCCUAGCACCCCCUAGUCACGCCUAAGAAAAUAGUGUCCACUAUUCGGAGAUUUUCCCACUAAAAAAGUAGUGAAAAUGUCCCCGUUUUGAAAAAAAACGUCCGCUAUUGGGAGGUGUCCAUUAGAGAAGGUUUCACUGUACAUAGAUAAUCGCACACGCCGUUUUAAUUGUUACUUUUAUAAUAAUAUAUUUAAACUAAACAAAUUAUAAUAAUAUACCUACGCUUUGAUGUUUCAGUUUUUUUUUUUUUUUCUGAACUUUAUAUAGAAAACGUAAUUUCCGAGAAGUGACUCCAUUUAAAAUAUACAAGUUUUUUUAUAUAUAUAUACUUAAACUUUCGAUAUCGGCGCUGUUUACAAUAUUUCUUGGAAAAUUAUUUCUUUACUUCAAAAUAUUACGGUUCCCAAGUUUUCGAUAUUGUACCCGUAGAAAUGCAAUACAUCUUGCGGUUAAAAGAAAUGUAAAAGCAGUUAUUAUACGAGUAUAAUGUACCAAUGCAUGUUCGACGGUAAACCUAUACUUAAGAGAUAGGUACCAACCGACAGUCAAACGGACUAGUAAUGUGUUUGUUCGAUGCGUAUGCGGUGCAAAAUGUUUUUCAACAUUAUGAUAAUAAUAAUGUAUUCAAACUGUAUUACGACGCAAAAAUAUUAUAUUCGUCGAUCAAUAUAAUGACUUUCCAUACAAUGGAACAAUUUGAAAUUUUAUUAGAACGGGCAAAAUACAGUAAGUAGUUUUUAACAGAUUCUUAUUUAUAAAAACGGAGGUAAAACAUAAUAUUACAUUUUCUAGAAAACCGUUACGUAAUACUCAAAUUACUUUGUUCCCUAUUUGAACUGAACAUAUUUAUAUGUUAUAUAUAUUAUAUUAUUAUUAUGACAUAUCCCGCAGCAGUCAUCCAUCCCACCUGGUUCUAGUUUACUUUUAGAUCGCCUUAUACAAAAUUCACUGUUUUGGCGUUUAAAUUAACAAAUAAAUAAUAUACGCCGUAUGUUAUAUAUUAUAAAUUAUCGUCGUUAUUGUUGUUAUUAUUAUUAUCGUAUUAUAUUUGUCUACGGAAACGAUAAUUUCCACUCCCAUAAAAGUAUAUUGAUAUGUUCAAUUCGAGUGUAUUUUACAUACUGUGCAUAGAUCUAUUUAUUUAACUUUUGUUAUUUUUAUAAAAUAAACGAAUACAUGUAUACUUUGCUUCAUUUUUGAAAUAAACUCAUUUAAUUCAAAUAUAAGUCAUGUUCAUAUUUAAAGAUAAAAUUAUUUUGUUGUUUUUGUUUAACAAUAAUGUUGUUAAAAAAUAUUUACAUUAUUAGUCAAUUAUUCUAUGCAAGCUCUUUACAGAAAUAUUCUGCAAUCUAUUGAAUCCAAAAAUUAUUGUGAGAAAAAUAUAAUAAAAUAUGGGAAAAACAAUUUUGAAUGUGAAGGUACUUUAGAAAGGUUAUUUUUCGAUUUUCUCAGAAGUUUUCUCAUCAAAUUUGAAAAACUGAAAAAAAAACGGAGGAAAAACAGGAAAAUACUCUUAUAAGAAAUGUAGGUAAUAGUUAAAUAUAUUACGGCCUUCUUUUUUCUUUUGCGCAUUUUUUCUACCAGUAAUUUAUUUUUAAUUUAUAAUAAUAGCAAUAUUUCUAAAACGAAAUUCGACUGGGAAGGUAUUUUAGAGAGGUCAAUUUUCGAUUUUACUCAGGUGUUAUUCCAAAAAAUGUCAAAAACCGGGAAAAACAUGGGAAAACAGUGUAAAACGUAGGAAAAAAGGAAAAAUCGGUACAACAUUAAACGAAUAUUAUUAAAGAAAAUAUAUAAAGCCUAUUUAAUUAUUGUACUAUAAUAUGAUAUAUUUAUUGUUGACAAAGCAUUACUAUCAACUAAACUCCGCUCAGAAUCGUUUUUUCGUAUGCAAUGGUUUAUCGUUACUUACAGGUAUAUAUAAAAUUACCUAUAACCGUGGCUUCACCCGUCUCAUUAUCCUAGGACGUCUUUUAAAUUUUGAGAUUACUAAAAAAUAUUCAAAGUCACGAUUCUUUUCUUUAUAACUUCUAAUGUCAAAAAAGCUGAUUCUGUAUCGAGACCAGUGGUUCUUAACCUAUUUUGAAUGACAGAACACGAAACAUUCUAUACGAUUUUCGCGGAACACAGCCGUAAAAUAAAACGGUAUUGAUUCACACAGUUUUUUUUAAAUAGGCGUAAUUGUAUCGGACGCUAUAUUAUGUGGUUAACCAUGCUUACAGUUUAAUCCAAUACGGACUUUAAUGUGAUAGAUAAUGAAGACUGGAAAUUGGCGUGUUUAUAUGAAAAAUACCGUUUUAAUUUCGCUGGUGCCAUUUGCUCUAUUAAAAAGGGUUUUCCUCAUAAACCACGCAAAGGAGAAUUUGACAAUAAAAUUUUUCAACAUAGGUAAACCCAAAAUUUAAAUAAUCUAUUCAAUAAUGCCUACUGACCUUUUUUAUUUUGUUCUCAUUAUUGAGAGUAUCAUCUUUGAUAUAAAUUGUAUUUUCAGCGCCAGAAUCAUGUUUCAUGUUUUAGAAAUUUGUCCAUUUUGUUAUUAAAAUAGUCGUUAAAAAUGAAUUUCUAAAUAGAUAGAUUGUUUUAUUAGUUAAAUAAAUCUCAAAUCGAACUUACUUAAAAAAAAAAUAAUAAUAAUCUUAUUUAGGAAGUUUUUCACGUUGAUAACCGUGGGCAACGCACUAAUACUAAUAUAUUUUAUAACUUUUAUUAUUGCGGAAAAAUAAAAUGUUCGAUACCAACGACCUACGUUAUCGUCGUAUGGUGGCAAUAUUAUACAAUAUACAUAUAUAAUUCGAAGUUUAACGAAAAUGUUUUUGUGUACAUGAACAAAAAUAAACCAACAAAACUUAAAAUAUAUUCUAUACAGUAUACAAUUAUACACGUCUUAUAAUUUUGUAUUUUAAAAUGUCAACAUGUUAAGACUAUGUAAACUAAAAGUUUAGUUUACUUUCCUCUGAUUUAAAAAUGUUGGUGGAACACUUAAUAUACCAAGUCCACGUAACAAACUUUAUUAACAUGUAAUAAAUUGGGUAUCUUUUCUUUCUGUCUAGUGACCUCUAUGUCACCUUGUAAAUAUCCUUGUGGGAAAAUGUGGUGCCAUUCCAUUCCUGAUUACCGUUCUAAUAAAAAUUUCGAAAGAUAUGACUUUCAUACCGUUAUUAUUAUUGUGUUUAUGUAAACUUUAUUUUUCUAUCGUGAAAAUAUUCUAUACUUCUUUCUCAUAUUUGGCAUUUUUAUCUCCUAUUACCCUUACUAAUCACAUUUAGUUUUAGGUACAAACAUUAACAAAAAUAACAAUAUUUAUUAAAAAUAUAAACAAGAUUUAUCAAUAUUCAUUUUUUCUUUGUUUAAUGUAAACGCCAUAAAUAAUUUAUUUCUUUAUUUAAUUAAAAUAAUUAAAUAAUACCUUUUAAGUAAAUUUCCUAACAAUAAUUUAGAAUACAAAUUUUGAGCAUAAUAUAUUCAUAACAAUUUUUUAACAAAUAUUAUAUUUUUAAAAUGUUAAAACUCUUUUUGCUUGUGUUUAUAUGUGUGUGUUCCAGAACAAUAAAAAUGUCGCUUACGUCAUUUCGCUUGUUAAGGCUCGACAUUUUAAACUUAUCGGUAACAUAUUGAAAUAACGACAAUUAAGAUGCGUUUAAAAUGCGCAUUAGUCGCACGCAUUGGUCGGGUUAAUUAUUAUACGGCUGCAAUUAAUGUACAAUUAAUAGAAUUAAUACCUAGCUGAAUACUUUGAUGCUUUGAUGUCGAUGCAGGAGCCGGCGGUGGCUGGUUGCCAGGCAACUACACGGAUGAAACAAAACUAAGCGGAUCGGCAUUGACCAACGUCGGCGGUGUAUCGAGCGAAGGUGGUGGUGUCGGCGGUAACGCGUGCUACAAGAGCCGUGGUGGCACCAAAGGAUUUGGCGGGUUCGGUGGUGGUGGUGGCGGAUGCGUUGCCGGCGGCGGAGGCGGCGGUUUCACUGGUAAGCCAAGAUAAUUUAUGUUCGCUUUUACUUUUUGCUUUACUGCUUUUAAAACUCGAAGGUCUAGAUCCUGACUAGGCUUAUGCCUUUACUGGAAGAAUGAUAUGGGUACAUGAGUUUUUAAAGAAUUGAUGGUUCAUGACUUAUACUGGAGAGGUUUUGGUUUUGGUUUUGAAGGUAGUUGAUUCGAUAGAUCUCAGGUUUCCGAUAUUAGCAAAUUUUGAGAGAGAAUUUAAGUAAAAUCGUUCAAAUAAACAAGUACUUGAGAAUGGAUUGAAUUUUUAAAUUGGUUUUAACUCUGCUGAAUCAAUUUUAAUGACGCCAUGUGUCGUAUCGUAUCCGUACAUAUAUGUUACAUACGGAGUCCGGAAUUGUAUAUUUCGCAAAGUGUACAACGAUCAUUGCACACAUUGUGAAAUAAGAUAUAAAAUACUUGAAACUAUAAUAACAGUUAUUUUUUAAAAGUAUUUUCCUAAUAAAUAUUACAUAACUUUUAUAUUUAUAUUAUUAUCUCUUAUGAGUUUUGUUGCCCACGUUAUCUAAAAUACUGGUAAAGGUAUAAUGCAAUAAAAAUGAUUAAGUUUCUCCAGGGCCAUUUAUCAAAAUGUUUAACGUUGCGUGCUUUUAAAACAAAAACCGCAGCUUAAGUAACAUAAUAUGUUAUAUGAUAUUAUCACUUAAUUGAUAUAUUUUGAACUUUUGUAAGAAUAAACAAUGGUAUAAUAGUAUGAAAGAACCUACAGUGAUUUGUAUGCUGAAAUAUUUGACAAACUAUACAAAAUUAUAUUUGAUUUUAGUAAUUUGUAGUUUUAUAGCAAUAUUUUAGAUUCUGAGCGAAGAAUGUAUUGGUUUUACAAAGAUGUUUGCUUUUUUUUUUUCAUAUAAUGUGUACGGAAAUUCGACCAGAAAUCUUGCUCAAUUAUGUACGCACGAUAACAUUUUUGGAAUGGGAAUAUUGUACAGAUGGAUUUGGUAGGUCAUUUUUUGAUUUUCCAAGCAGUUUUCAUAACAUCUGUGGAAAACCAUGUUAAAACGUAAGAAAAAUGGGAGAUUUACAACAAUAAUGCUUUUAUUGUUUUUCAAUUUUGUUAUUUGUUGUAAUUCAGUUAAAAAUAUUCAUGUACUCUUUAUGGACUUAACAUUUGGAAAAGAACUUAUAUUUAACUUUUCUAGACGUCGUAAAAUUUUCAAAAAAUUUAAGCCAUUUUCGAGCUAUUUAUAGACAUGUUAAUUUUGCGAGUUUUUUACGUAAUUUUUAUGCGGUAGGUAAAAUUGUUAGAUUUAAAAAUAAUGCUUGAAACAGAAGGUUCAUGAAGAGUCUUACUUGUGAUCAACAAAAAAAAAAAAAUUGAGUUAAAAGUAGUAAUUUUUUUUAUAAAGGAAAUUUAAUAUCAAUUUUGACCAAAAUUUUUUGAGUGGAACAAAUGUAAUUUUUAAAUUUUUUAUAUUUAAAACUUAUGUAUAUUGUCGAUUUAAAAACGAUGGUGAAGUCAAAAUUGAACCGACUGACUAAGUUUUCAAAUUAUAGCUUUUUGAAAUUCUGAUAUAAUGCGUAUAUUAUAUGUUAUGUUAAAUAACUCUAUAUUGUCUUUUCUGGAAAAUUUUUAUCAUAACCGAAUAGUUGCACAUACCUAUUGUCAUCCUAGGGUUUAUGAGUUCAAAAAUGUGUUUUAAAAAAGAUUUUUUCACUUAUUUUUCCAUUUUAUCUAAAAAGGUAAAAAACUAAUUCAUUUUGGGUGUACCUAGAGACCUAGCUAUCGACUUGUUUUAAUCUAAAACUACCUCUCAAUUUUUGUGAAAACUUUUCUAUCAAAAAUCUUGCCCCGAUUUUUAAGAAUACCACCUUUUCUGAAAGGAAAUCGGAUUGGGGAGUUGUUUUUCAAUUUUCCUAAGAGUUUUCUCAACAAACAGGAAGAACCGGGGCAAAACGGAGGAUAACGGGAAAACGGGAAAAUCGGUACAAUAUUAAACAAAUAUUAUCUAAGAAAAUAUAUAAUGCCUUUUUAAUUAUUUUAUGUCAUACAUAUAGUGUUGACAAAGCAUCACUCUCGAUUGAACUCCUCUCAGAAUCGUUUUUUCGUUAGUAAUGAUUUAUCGUUGCUUAAAGAUACAAAUUAAUACUUAACCUUACACAAAUUUGUAUAUGAUUUUAUAUCUAUUUGAUGUUGUUUGGUAUUUAAUGAAAAUUUAAAAACAAAGAUGUUUAUUUUGUUUUAUUUUUUUUAUAUAUCUGUGGGCAACUUUUCUACCAGAAAUCUUGCUCCAAUUUAUAUGACAUAGAAUUUUUUGUGAAAGAAAAUUUUGUUGGGGAGGUACUUUAAAGAGGCCAUUUUUCGAUUUUCUCAAGAAUUCUCUCAUGUAAUGUUAAAAACCAAGAAAAAAACAGAGAAAAACCGAAAGAAUAUACGAAAUAUAUUAAGAAUUAUAACGAUUUUUUUUUCUUUGCGCAACUUUUUUACCAACGAUUUCGUGCAAAUUUAUAUAGAUAGUGAUGUUUUUAAAACGAAAUCCGACUAGAAAGGUACUUUAGAGAGGUCAAUUUUCGAUUUUCUCACCUGUUAUUCCAAUAAAUGUUAAAAACCCGGAAAACAUGGGAAAACUACGAAAAACGUAGGAAAAUCGGAAAAAUCGGUACAGCGUUAAACAAAUGUUAUCAAAGAAAAUUUAUAAAGCCUAUUUAAUUAUUUUACUAUAAUAUGACAUAUUUAUUGUUGAAAAAGCAUCACUAUCAACUGAACUCCGCUUAGACUUUUUUUUUCGUAAACAAGUCUUAUUGUUGCUUACAGGUUUACAUUAAAUUACCUAGUGGGGAAACAAAAUUAUUUUAUAUUAAAAUAUCUAUAGUAGUGAUAGCACCCGUGCCCAUUAUCCUAGGGCGUUUUUUUUUUUUUUUUUACAAAAUAAAUAUCAACAAACUGUGAAUUCGCGUAACUCAAUUGCGUAUUAUUUUUACCACUACGGUAGUGUGACAAUUAACACAAUAAUUAUUUCGACAAUCGAAAGUAAUUAGUAUUUUGAAAUUAAUAUAAUUUUAGGUUUUUAGUUUUAUUCGAGUAUUCCGAAAAAAAAAAAAAAAAAAUAAAUACUUAAACCAAUAACAUCAAUUGUUCGACAGACAAUAACUAAUGUUUUUACAUUACAAAACAAAUCAUUUGGACAGUGUUCCAACUAAUAAUUUUAAUUUUUGUAUUAAAAUAUUAUAUUUUAUAUUAUUAAUGAAAACAAAUUUAUAAUAUGUUAAGUAUUAUGUGCUAUAUUUUUUUUGUUCUUUUAGAACAUAUUACAUGAAAAUGAAAAUUUAAAUAUGUUUGCAAGAACUUUCGGGGGGAAUGGGAAAUUGGUGUGCUUUUCGGAGGGCUCAGUUUCCCAAGCCUCUGAUCCCCCCUCCAAAUUUCCACCAACGCUCUUCAUUGAUGAAAAUCAUUUUUCGUAAGAUGCAGAGGAAAUUUGUGUACUUACAGCCUAGUUAGUUCGUUUGUUAUUAACUAGGAAAAGUUUCUAUUUUGAUGCAAUUUCGAAAGAAACUAAUUUGACAUUUUAGUUCUGAUGCAUCAAUGCAUCAUUACAUUUGGCAGUAUCAUUAUGAAGACAGUUUCUUGCAACAAUCUUUUUACCUUGAUUUGAAUACACAUCAAUGUUCAGAAAAUCCUAAAACAAUUUGAACAUAUCAUUUGCAAAAUCAUAAACAGUCAAACUAUUAUUCAUUUUAUGUAAUGGUUACAUUAGUUUUAACUGUUAUAAGUUUUCAUUAUAGUUAUGGUACGUUUAUUAAUGUAUUUAUUUUAUAUUGUUUAAAAAUUUUAAAAAUUCUAGUAUUCCUCGAUAGUUUUUCUGAUCUCGUUACGGUAGAGCAGCAAAAUUUACAUUUACAACAAACCUCUAUAGAGUGUAAUGCAAACGAUAAUGUUUUUUAUCGAUUGCAUAUUCAAUGCCCGAUUUAUUAAAAUGUUCAAAUUAUGAUUGAUCUAAAAUUAAGGUGGCAUUAAUAUUCAAAUUCGGGGCUAUAUAGUGGUUUCAUCUCUCAAAACGAGGGUGACAAAAAUGACCGUUAUGUAAAAUUGCACAGUUAGUUAUUUGUUAAAUGUUCUGUAAAAAAAAUUACUAUAAUUGUUUUACUUUCCGAAAUAAUGAGUGUUUUACAUUAUGUUGAUCACUCUGCAAAACCGAACGCUGUGAAAAUAAACGUAGCUGUUGCCACCGUUGUUCUUUGUUGCUGCUACUAAUGUAAGAUAAUUUCAGUUAAAUCGAUUUAGGUACCAGCUUUACUCUAACUAAUGUAAGUAAUGCUUCGAUUUAAUUAUGAGGUAUUCGCGAAACGAAUGUGUAAAAUAAUUAAAUUUGUAAUUAAGUUAAGUAAACAUUAUAAUAUAGAUUGUUUUUGUAUUACCAUUUAAACGCAUAUUCAAUACAGCCAAUGAGUGGUAGGGGCGUGGCUCACUGCCUACGUCAUUUAUAUACCGUUUAAAAAAAAAAAAGCGUGCGGAAAUGUUUGAUACAGAAGUUGAUUUUUUUAAACGUUCUACAGACACUUUCACAAACAGUCGUAGAAUUAAAUGUUUCCUAUUUCCAACAAGCUUUUCCGGCAUUUCAAAAUAUAUUAAAUAACAGCAUUGCAACACCCGAGAAAUUCAAUUAUUUUUAACGGGAUCGAACGUGACGGAAUGAAUUCCAUCGUAGUAAACGUUCGGUACUUACACUUUCGUUUCCGACGGCACAACUCAUACAAUAUAACAUUAUAAGGUCACAAAACAAAUUAUUUCAAUAAAUAGAAUUAGUAAAAGUUCGUACAGUACUUUACGUCAGUUAUCAAAGACGCGACUCUGGUAUUACGUUAUAUGCGAGGCGAUCAGUUUUUAGGAGAAGUUUAAUUAUUCGUUAUGCUGCCGAACGUGAAAUUAUAUUUAUUUUAAUCAACGCAAUAUUUACACAUAGUAAUAUAUUAUGAUACGUAGCAAAUAGGUAUGUAAUAAAGAACUACGUCAUUAUAAUUAAACACGAUUAAGCGAAAACUUUACACAUAUAUCAGACUUAAUACUCCCGAACUUUGUCCGUUUUUGAAUAUUUUAGUUGUAUGGAACUUACUCUUUUCUUUUCCGUGGCACGCUAGGUGCCUAAUGAAAACACGAAAAUGAAUACUAAUGAAACGAACGUAUAUCACCGCGUAUCACCGAAAAACAAAAUUUCAAUGACAUUAUUCUAAAUACACAGGCACGGUAGUGAAUUUAACCCAAAUGGAUGUAUAUUUUGUUGCAUCGUACAAGAAAAUCGAUCGAAAUUUGUUCGGUGUUAUGUGUAAUUGAAAUACGGAAUCUUAUUUCGAAUUUUUCUCGGUUAUUGAUUGGGUCAGAAAAUUUAAAUGUACGUUUUCGCGAUUCAAUCUGGCCAAUCCAGUAUUAAUUUAUAUUAAAUUUUUUUGUUUAGUAAUAAUUUUUGAAACCACUGGCUUUUUUUUCAAUAUAUUUCAGGGGCAUUUUGAAAAUUUAAAAAUGAUUUAAGUAAAACUUUAUUUUAUUGUGGAAAUGUAGUUUUUUUUUUAUUCGUUUGCAUUUGUCAUAGACUACGGGUACUGAAAUAAUAUUAGGUACAAAUGCCGAAAUUCUACGAUUAUUUUUUACUUAUAUUUAUCUCUGAAAACUCGCAAUGAAUCCUAGAGACAGGUGAACUGAUGUUCGUGCUCGUCCGUAUAUGCACUUCGUUAUGUACUCGAGCAGAAGAAAUUCGCCUAGUACCCCGUACUGCGUAACACGAUACCAGCACUACAGGUCUUCGAUCCCGGUGCCGGCGCCAAUGAAUGUUAUAAUAUGUGUUAUUGUACUUAAAUGGCGCCUAAUCGGGAAUAGUCUACUAGGCGAAAUGCCGCGCGUGUUAUUUUGCCGUUUAAUAUACUCGGUGUUGAAGAAGAGUGCUCUCGACAAGUAUCUAGGAUAUUCAAGUGUGGCUCCCCGGUUUUGGACGUAGGUCUAUUUGGACGUGGAAAAGAGUAUUUUUACGCGAAUCGACGCAUAUAAAGACACACGAUACUGCGCCUCGAUAGUUCGAAUUUUCUUUUUUCUUCUGCGCUAUUAUUGUCACGCAAAUAAACAAUAUAAGCCCGUCAGAGCGGUCGGAUUUUUCUGUCCGAGAGUUUGUGCACGUUUCAAGCUUAUUCGCUUCGAAAACAAAUUUAUGUAAACCGGUAAUAAUAUUGUGUGUGAUUUAUUAUUUUCUAAACCCUCAAACCGUACAGGUGGUCGCGCUUGGAGCAACAGCCAGUCAAACGGCGAGGGUGGCUGGUCUUACUUACCUAAUCCCGAGUCAGUUUUCUACAGCACCGUGUAUCCGGGAAGUCAUUAUGGUUCCGGGACCGUGCACAUUAUACCGGCUAUUGUGGGCUGCGGUUGUGCGUAUCUGUGCGCCACGACCAAUCAACUUCGGAACUCCGUCCGGUGUAUAUGUCCGGCUGACUUUAAACUCGGACCCGACCAGAAAUCCUGCAUAUGUAAGUACAUACAUCCACACUAAUUUGUUUGAUGAUGAGAAACGAAACGGAUUAAUUAGGAUUAGGAUUAAUUGAUUAUAAUAAAUUGCUACGGAAGGAUGAGAACCGCGAUAGUAUAAUAAAUAAUAAAUAAUUGUUACGUUGUAAUUGAGUUAGAAUCUACGUGAUAAAAUUUCAAUGGUUCGGUUUUUUGUAAUUUUGUCUACGGGACCUUCAAAACGAUUGUCUGCGAAUUUAUAGAAAAAAAAUGACUCGAAUCAUCUUCGAUUACACGUCCUCCCCGUUUGAAAUCUCCAUUUGAUAGUCCAGGUCGUAAAUAAUUAUUAGACGACAAUAAAUAUAGUGGUAAGUAAAAUAUGUUGAAACACCAAAAAUAAACAUUCUACUUUUUACUCGUUGAAUACCAGAAAUUGUUAAAAAAAAACUAGCUUAUAAUAUUGUAUUAAUAACAAGUCCCAACAAAAACGUACGAUUAUUUGAAUGCACGGCGCGCUCUCGGGGACAAAUAUUGUAUACAUUAAACUACAAUAUUGCGCCAUAUUCUACCGUUAGAUGGACCUGUUGAAAUGCAUUUACAUUCGAUACAUAAUAGGUAUUUACCAUUAUUAAUGUUUUCAGUAAUUUAUUAGAACGAUUUCGAAAUGAAAUUUGGAUUGUCUUUAAUACGGCAAAGUUAUUGAUUUUUCACUGUCGUUCGAGAAAAAUUAAUUCUUUUUCACCCAAGUGUUGAAUUUGUGGCUGAAAGUAAGUGUCAUUUUAUUGUUUAUAAAACAGAUCAAUCAACCGAAACGACCAAGAUAAUAUUCUUGAUCACUGGAAGUGUGUUUGCGUUGGUAUUCAUAUGCUUGAUCAUUGGAAUAUGGAUGUGUAAGUAUCGUGUUGUAAACCGCAGUAUGUAGUAUAAUAAAGUUCGUCGUUAUUAUGAUUUUAGAUAGGAGUUAUCGAAAACGUAAAGAACGCAAAGAAAAUGUCACUUUACUCCAUAACGGCAUUUUAAAUUGCAACAUACCAUUGCGGAACCGGAAUGGAAAUGCAGACAUCAAUCCGACAUAUGAUUUCAACGGGAGGACAUUGUCCACCAGAGAUUUACCGAGAAUUUCGAGGGAGGAAUUGAGAAUACAAAAGUAAAUCAUUUUAAUACGAUAUAACAAGUGCGCGUAAUUACUUUACAUUCGAAUAAUUCAUUAUGAACGAUCCGAAUAUCCGAAUGACCUUUGCAAACAGCUUACUGCCCAACGUCGACAUCUUAUUUUAUUUUUUAUUUUUUUUACUUCAUGGGUAUAUAUAUAUAUAUGCAAUAGUGUUAAUUCAAAUAUUAUAUUCGUAAUAAUUGCUUCUUUUUUGGGAAUUAGAAACGUACUUACCUAAUUUAUUAUAAAUAUCGAAAUAUCUAUUUAGAUCUAUCGGCGAAGGAGCCUUCGGAGUGGUGUACCGAGGCUAUUACAAAAAAACGGGCGAAACGGUCGAAAUGAAGGUCGCGAUAAAAGUUUGUAUUCGUUCAGAGUUAUUAUGAUUAUACGGGUAUAAUGGGUAUUUUCGUCGUGUAAAAUUGAUUUCGUUGUUACAGACGCUGCAGCCGAAAAAAGAUAUGGCCAACGUUGAAGUAAAAUUCGACGACGAAGCCACCCCAAACGCCGAAUUAGAAAGAGAAAAGAAACGGCGGAUCAGGGGCGCCGAGAUUUGUUGCAUACGAGACUUCUUGACCGAAGCGAUCAUAAUGAGCCAGUUCAAGCAUCCGAACAUUGUCAAAUUCAUCGGCAUCACGUUCGAAAAGAAUUACAGGUUCAUCGUCACGGAACUACUGAGUGGUGGCGAUCUGAAAGAGUUCCUGCGCAAGAAUCGCCCUUCGGUGGUACGUUCAAUUAUGCGAAAUAAAAAUAGAAAAAACUGGCUGGUAUUAGGGACGGUUGUGGCCACUGUUGUAGUUGGGUAGCGAGAAAGUCGGAAUACACAAAGUUGUGUAAUUUCUAUUUAUAAGCAACAACAGACCAUUGUUAACGAAAAAUGAUUAGGAGAAAAGUUCAGUGUUAUACGUGUACGAAAUGGGGUAAUAUUUACGAUUAAAAUCCCUAAAAAAAAAAAAGCACUACAUUACAAUCAAUUGUUUUUUUGUUCGCACUAAGCGCGACUUAAAAUUAGUCUUCUAUUUAAUUUUCAAGUAUUUCUGUUUAGUCUGAAAAUGUUAUCCACAGAAUACAUAUUAAAUAGAAACUACGUAAAAAUUCACGGAAUUAAAAUAUCUAUACAAAUAUAAGUUUUCUAUCAAAAUUUAAAAUCUCUACAAAUUUAUUUAACUAAGUAUAAAAGUAAAAGUAUUACGUUUAUACAUUUUCCCGUUCGUUAAACUUUGUUUUUGUCAGUUUUGCUCAACUAUUAAAAAAAACUCCAUGGAAAUGUAAAAACGACUUUCUUACUCGCCAACUACAUUAAAAAUACAACAAUGUUUUCUUUUAUUUUUCUAAUGAAUUUCAUAUUCUGGUGGAGAACAUAAAGCGUAACAGUUGAAAAUAACAUAAUCGUAAUGCCGUAAAUUUAUCGGUUUUCAUUUCGCAUUUGUUUUCGGUUUUCCAAAUUAGUACGGAAAAUAUUCGGAUAAUCAGAAAAAAAAAAAAACGACUUUAUUCAGGUGCAUUCAAAUCCGAAAUUCAACGAAAAAAGGGCCUCUUGAAGUUUUAUGAUUAAAACAAUAUUUCCGUUGAAAAACCGUUUGCUAAAAAAUUGAAAACAAUGCAAUCAGUAAACCCGUGGUAAUAUUUAUUCCGUAUGGCUUACACAAGCGGAGCCGCGGCGUGUCGUAAAUGCGAUUAGCCCAAAUUUUAAUUAUAGCCAUGCGUAUAUUUAUACAUAUUAUAGUAUAUUACAGGGCGAUGUGAUCCCGCGUAAAUAUCAAUUCGACAUUUUAACCAAACGAUUUUUACUUUUAUUACACAAGUUGCGGUCGUAUAUUAUGCCAUGCGACUAUGAGAAGCAAUAACAGCGCAACGACAAUCGCACUCUGUCCAAAACGACCGUGUGUUAUUCGUUAUUUUGAUAACGUGUCGUUUUCAUCGACUAUCUUGGCAUUGUGAUAAAUAUUUAUUAAUUUUUUUUCCGAUUUCGACAAAAAAUAUUUUUAAUAUUUAUUUAAACAUUUUUCAAUUCAUUUUUUUGUGCUCUAUAAAUGUCGAUAAUAAUCGUAUUCUACUAAUGUUAACGUUACAAUUUCGAAUUGAUAUAUUUUGUCGCGGAACCAUACGCUUAGUUGGUGAUCGGACCAAGAUUCCUGUUAGGUAAUCUGUUAAUAGAUGUCGCACAUGGGAAAUAUACGCAAAAUACGCGUUAAAUUUAAAAAAUAUUGAUAUUUUUAAAACGUAGAUAAUCUCUAUUUUGAACGUAAUUUUCAGCAACAAGAUCAUCGGGUAAUACCGAUCAGGUUAAAAGACUUAAUAAAAAUGGCACUUGACAUCGCCAAGGGUUGCGCGUAUUUGGAGCAUCUGCAUUUCAUUCACAGGGACAUCGCCGCCAGGAAUUGUUUACUGUCCUCGACGGGCCGCGGGAGGGUAACGAAAAUUGCCGAUUUUGGGAUGUCUAGGGACGUGUACAGGUAAAUAGUUAUCCAAGGACGAGUAAUUUUUACUGAUAUAUAUGAAAAAAAAAAAAACAAAAUUAUUAUACAUUUUGUUUUGAUUCCCGCAGAAAUGAAUAUUAUAGAAAAGACGGGCAAGCGAUGUUACCGAUAAAAUGGAUGCCCUCCGAGUCGUUAGCAGAUGGCGUGUUUAAUUCUAAAACCGAUGUUUGGUAAUAAUAUAAUAUAUGUCUACUAAUAUAUAAUGUAUUGUGUAAUAUUAAUAAUAGUACGUACAAUGUAAAAAAAAAAAAAAAAAAAAAACCGUGAACUUUUCCAUUAAGUAUCAUAUAAUUUUUGAUUUACAAUAUUUUUCUUUUCAUUUAAGGUCCUUUGGGAUUACAUUGUGGGAGAUCAUGACUUUCGGGAAUAUGCCAUACACUGGCAUGACGAACAAAGAGACGAUGAAUUACGUAUUGAGAGGCGGACGUUUGGCCAGACCAAAUAUUUGUCCAGAACCAGUGUACAAGUUAAUGUGCUUCUGUUGGAAAACCAAUCCCCAACACAGGCCUAAUUUUGAGUACAUCCGCAAUAAACUUAGGCUUUUCAUUCAAGUGAGUUUUUAACAAGAGAUUAUUGUAACUAGGCGUCUAGGCACUACACAAAGGUGGCAAUUCACUAUAGUUUAAUUGGUAUUUCUGAAAUAUAUUAUUAUUUCGUUAUUUACAGGACCCGGAUAUAUUGAAUUAUAAGCCACCCAUCAUCGGCAGACCGCCUGCCCCGCUGCCUUAUCGAGAGUCACACCCACUGCAAGACCCUGAAGAAUUAAAUCAACCAACCAACAGCAAUGGACACGCAAUUAGCAGUUACAGACCUGGAUACAAUAGCGUACAUGGGAACAGUGCCAGUAACCCGUACAAUAGAAAUACCAAUUCUAGGGGUAUCGGUGUUGCCGGGACCAGUGGCAGUACCCAAUGGUCCAAUAACAGAACUGGGGGCAAUGGCCAUACCCAAUUGUCCAAUUUAGGAAGAGGUAGAAAUAACUAUAAUCAAUGGUCAAAUGGCAAUCAAUCCAGAUUCAGACCCGGGGGCAGAAACGAAGUCUGGCCUACCAAAGGGCCCGGAGUAAAUGGAAUCAUUUUAGGCCCUUGUGGACCUGAUUGCAGUAACGGUGAUCGGUGCAGUGGUAAAGCUGGAGGUACUGGAAUUACCAGUUGCGCUAACAGACUAGGGCCCAACGGUAUUAUAUUCAGUUCCUGUGGACCCGAUUGUAAUAAUGGAAACUUGUGUGGAAGUAAAACCGGGGAUAAUGGAUUUAUUGAAAGCAGCGGUGACGUAGCAGUAGAUCUUCAUCAGGAUGAACAGCACGAAGAACCAGAAUACGUGACGCCAAUGGCAGUCCAUGACUCAUUCGACGACCCAGAUGGUGAACUUUUGAAGGACUAUGAACGCUAUGGAAAAACGCGUGGCAGCGAGAUGACGCUCGUAGACGAUUGUCGCGAGUACCACGACGAAGAAUUUAAUGACUUGGUCGACGUAAACGAUGGGGGUGAGGCUGAGGGCGAAUACGAAGGUGAAAUCGAAGAAGAAGAAGAAGAAGUAGAAGAAGAAGAAGAUGAGGUCGAAGAAGAAGAUAAUGCCGAGGAUGGUGAUAACAUGGACGAAGGUAAUAACGAUGACGCUGAAAACGAUGGCAGUGGUGGAGAAGAGGAAGACGAUGGCAUAGAAGACGACGAUGACAUAGAAGACGACGAUGACGACAUAAACGACGAAGAGCAGAACAUUGAAGAGGAAGAAGACGAUGACAAGGAUGGUGAAGAAAUAAUCUUGGAUGCCGACAGAAACCCGUACGAUGACGAUGCCGAUAGCAUAUUCGACGAUAACAUGGUGAUUAGGGACGACGGGAGUGAGCCAUCGUACAACUGGAAGUUAGUUUUCUCUUAAUAAUAAUGUCUCUAUAAAAUACCAAUCGAUACUAUCCUCCUUAAGAGACGAGCAGUACAAUCUCCAAAAAUCCUAUUAUCGGAAAAAUUAAUAAUUUAAUUUCUCUAUUUCAUCUUGAUAUGUUUAUUAUUUUUCUCAUCUUUAUACAUUUUUUAUUAGGAAGUUAUCCUUCAAGUUUUAUACUUUUUUUUAUGGCUUAGUAUAAUUCCCGUUUUUCCUAAGUUUUUUCCGAAUUUUUCCAUUUAUUGGGAAAUCUCUUGGGGAAAACCAAAAACUUACUUCCCUAAAGUAUCACUUUAGUAAGUUUUCUCUUCAGAAAUGCUAAUAUUGUAAAUCGGAAAAAAUUUCUGGUAGAAAAGUUGUUCACAGGAAAAAAAAAGCCGUAAUAUUUUAUCACUACAUUUUGUACAUUUUCCCGUUUUUCUCCGUUUUUUCUUAGUUUUUCCAUUUUUUUUUGGGAAAAUUUCUGAGAACAUUUUAAUCGACCUCUCUAAAGUAUCCUUAGUCAGAUUUCCUUUCUUUUCAGAAAAAGUGCUACCAUUGUAAAUUGGAGUAAAAUUGCUGAUAGAAAAGUUAGCCACAGAUAAAAAAAAAAUAUUUUAUUGUUAAACCAAUUAUACAUCCCUCGCUCCACUCAGAAUCUAAGAAAUUACAGGGGAAAUUCAAGAGAUUAAUUAGAGGCAAUUUGAGUGUGCCGGGUUUCAUUGCGGAUACAUUUUCCGCCGGAUUUAAAAAUAUAUCGAUUAUAUUUGUUUGCAGUCGUUUCAAAGAAACGAGUUUCAUAAGCAUGAAAGAACCACGACAUCAGCCGGCUGAAGAAGGCCGCCAAUCGUAUACGUUGCAAAGGAGGAAGUCGUUUUCCGAACUGGAAGACAACAGGCCAAACCAUUACUCGUUGGCGGGUCGCGUGCGGUACAACGUGGCCAGUGACGGUCAAAUAACAUGCUGACAUCCGGACUCAAGGACUUCGAUUAUCGAGUCCUUGGAAAUGUUAUAAAACGUCUCCACAACUAUAACGACAGCGACGUUUUAUAUCAAUUCGCUCGGAAAUGUGCACAUGCGACUGUUGUAA